ACUUCCUUAAAGGAACGUGUGCAGUCUUGUUCGUCUUUAGUUGUGAGAGAACUCGUAAAUAUCGUUAAUAGGGCUGUACCUGCAAUAGAACUGCACUGGAACAAUCUGUGGUGUUCAGACUGCAGGUGGGAAACUAUGGAUUCUAGCUGAUACACGGGUUUUGCGGGAUGUUACGGAUAUCGCCACUUUGUAACUUUACCCUUUUUACCUCAAGGUUUCUAUGUUUUUGUUGUUGGUGGUUUUUUUUUUUUACCUUUCAGCGUUUAAAUGAGUAAAAUUAGAUCAUUUGUGCAAAUUUUUGGACUACUCUCUGUCUUGUUCUGGAAAACGUGAAGACAUAUCUCAGCUCCAGCACAGCUGCUGUGUUUACUGGUUAAACUGGUAUCUGAUAAAUACUCCCGAGAGUACAGCGUGUUCAGAGUACAGAGUAGAAGUGAAAGUAACACUGAGUGAGUAAUCGACUGGAAUUGCGCAGGAACCUCAUAAAGAAAGGAAGCAAGAAAUAUGUAUAACCUGGAGCUUUAAAUGAAGCUAUUUCUGAAAUGAGUUUUUCUGAUAAACAACAAACCAUGGAAGAAGAAAGCAAGAGUCAAAUUCAGGCAAUGAGAUCAGACUCCCCUAAACCCAGCUGUGCAUCAAUGAAUGCUCCACUAGAAGACUUCAGAGAGGGAGACUGUUCUGUGGACGUCAGUCCAUUUCAGGCAAUAAGAUCAGACUCACCUAAACCCAGCUGUGCAUCAAUGAAUGCUCCACUAGAAGACUACAGAGAGGGAGACUGUACUGUGGAGGUCAGUCCAUUUCAGGUAAUGAGAUCAGACUCACCUAAACCCAGCUGUGCAUCAAUGAAUGCUCCACUAGAAGACUACAGAGAGGGAGACUGUUCUGUGGAGGUCAGUCCAAUUCGGGUAAAGAGAUCAGAAUCACCUGAACCCAGCUGUUCAUCCAUGCAUAGGGACUAUCCCAUGUUUGCUUCACCAAACUACAGGGAGAGAGACUGUUCUGCAGAGGUCAAUCCAAUUCAGGCAAUGAGAUCAGACUCACCUAAACCCAGCUGUGCAUCAAUGAAUGCUCCACUAGAACACUACAGAGAGGGAGACUGUUCUGUGGAGCUCAGUGGAGAGCAGAGCAAAACACAAAAGAUCAAACCUUGUGCCCAGAAGGACACGAAGUGGACAGACUGUGACGAUGUGCCACAGACCGAACCCCUAUCUGUAUGUCAUCAAAAACUCAGAUCGACUCUGAUGGAGAAUUGCAAAAGGAUGAAUGAAGGCAUAUCACAGCAUGGCUCAUCAGUCCUUGUGAAAGAGAUUUAUACCGAGCUCUACAUCACCGAGGGAGGGAGUGGAGAAGUCAAUGACGAACAUGAAGUGAGACAGAUUGAGACAACAUCCAGGAGAAUAGCAUCAGAGGAUAUACCAAUCCAGUGCAAUGACCUCUUUAAAGGCAAACCUACACGAACUGCACUCACUAAAGGAGUGGCUGGAAUUGGAAAAACUGUCUCUGUGCAGAAGUUCAUUCUAGACUGGGCUGAAGGCAAAGCAAACCAAGAUAUCCUCUUCAUAUUUCCACUUCCUUUUAGGGAGCUGAAUUUGAUGAAGGAUAAACAUCUGAGUUUAAUGGAACUUCUUCAACACUUUCUCCCAGAAACAAAAUAUCUGCAAUCAAUUGACUCUGAAUCUUCCAAAGUCCUGUUCAUUUAUGAUGGUCUGGAUGAGUGUCGUCUUCCUCUAGAUUUUCAGAACAAUGAGAAUGUGUCGAAUGUAACACAGUUGGCUUCAGUGGAUGUGCUGGUGACAAACCUCAUCAGGAGAACUCUACUUCCUUCUGCUCUUCACUGGAUAACCUCUCGACCAGCAGCAGCCAAUCAGAUCCCACCUGAGUGUGUUGAUCAAGUAACAGAGAUACGAGGGUUCAAUGACCCUCAGAAAGAAGAGUACUUCAGGAAGAAGUUCAGUGAUGAGAGCCUGGCCAAUAAGAUUGUAGCGCACAUAAAGUCAUCGAGAAGCCUCUACAUCAUGUGCCACAUACCAGUCUUUUGUUGGCUUGCAGCCACAGUUCUGGAAAGAGUGUUGAAAGGAGCAGAGAGUGGAGAGGUCCCUAAGACACUGACUCAAAUGUUUACACACUUCUUGGUCGUUCAAACCAAACGCAAACACCACAAGUACCCUGGAAAAUCUGGCGGUGAUCCUCAGCAAACUAAAAGAAUUAUACUGGCCCUGGGAAAACUAGCAUUUCAACAGCUGGAAAAAGGUCAUCUGAUUUUCUAUGAAGAAGACCUGAGGGAAUGUGGCAUUGAUGUCGCAGAAGUGUCCGUGUACUCAGGAGUGUGCACUGAAAUCUUCAGAGAGGAGUUUAGGCUACAUCAGGGGAAGGUUUUCAGCUUUGUUCACCUCAGCGUUCAGGAGUUUUUGGCUGCCUUAUAUGCCUUCAUCUCAUUCACCAACAAAAAUGUAACUAAACCAACUACUGAUUUAUCUGAUAUGUUCAAAAUGGCACAUAUGUCAGACUUCCUCAAGAAUGCAGUGGAUAUGGCCUUGCGGAGUGAGAAUGGACAUCUUGACCUUUUCCUCCGUUUCCUACUGGGCCUUUCACUGGAGUCCAAUCAGACUCUUUUGCAGGACUUACUAGAACUGAAAAUAAGCAGCUAUCACAACAAAGAAGAAAUAAUCAAGUACAUCAAGGAAAUGAUCAGACAGAAUCCCUCAACAGAAAAAUCCAUUAAUCUGUUUCACUGUCUGAAUGAACUGAAUGAUCAUUCACUGGUGCAGGAAGUCCAAACGUAUCUUAAAAAAGAAGGAUACUUUCGUCUCAGUGGAGCCAGGCUCUCUCCUGCACAGUGGUCAGCUCUAGUGUUUAUAUUGCUGAACUCAAUGAGUAAAGAUGAUGAUGAUUAUGAUGAUUUGGAAGUGUUCAACCUUCGGAAAUAUGAUGCAUCAGAUGAAGGUCUUCUGAGGUUGAUGCCUGUAUUGAAGGCAUCCAGAAGUGCUCUGCUACGUGUGUGUAAUCUAACAGAGAAAAGCUGUGCACUUUUGGCCUCAAUUCUGAGCUCAAAUUCCUCAAAUCUGAGAGAGCUGAAUCUCAGUAGUAAUGAAUUGCUGGAUCCAGGAAUGAAGCUGCUUUCUGCUGGGCUUGAGAAUCCACACUGUAAACUGGAGACAUUGAGGUUGUGUAACUGCAAUAUUGGAGAGGAGGGCUGUGCGGCUCUGGCCUCAGCGCUAAAAUUUAAUCCCUCUCAUAUGAAGAUGUUAAAUCUUAACCUCAACAGACCAGGAGAGUCAGGAGUUAAGCUGCUCUCUGAAUUGCUGCAGGAUCCACGGUGUAAACUAGAGAAACUUCAGCUGUCUAACUGUAAUCUCACAGAACAAAACUGUGCAGAUCUGGCUCCAGCUCUCAUCAAAUCCAAAUCUCUGAAAGAUUUGGACUUGAGUUACAAUGAUCUGCCAUAUUCAGGAAUGAAGCUGAUCUCUUGUGGACUUCAGGAUCCACAGUGUAAAGUGGAAUUGCUGGGGCUGUGCAGCUGCAGUGUUACAGAGGAAGGCUGUGCUGCUCUGGCUGCAGCUCUGAAAUCAAAUCCCUCUCAUUUGAAAGAGCUGAAUCUGAACCUUAAUGAACCAGGAGACUCUGGAGUGAUGCUACUUCUUAGUUUCCUGGAGGACCCACAGUGUAAACUGGAGAAACUACAACUGUGCAACUGUAACCUCUCUGAGAAAAGCUGUGCAGUUCUGUCCACAGCUCUUGGCUUAAACUUAUCAAGACUGAAAGAACUAGACCUGAGUAACAAUAAUCUGCAGGACUCAGGAGUAAAGCUGCUCUCUGCUGGACUGGAGAAUCCACAAUGUAAACUGGAGAAUGUGGGGUUGCGUGACUGUAAUCUCACAGAGCAAAGCUGUGCAGUUCUGGCCUCUGUUCUCAGCUCAAACACCUUGAGUCUAAAAGUGCUGGACAUUGGUAACAAUGACUUGCAGAAUUCAGGAGUUAAGCUGCUCUCUAACGGACUGAAGAACCCACAAUGUAAACUAGAGGAGCUUAGGCUGUAUAACUGCAGUAUAACAGAGGAAGGCUGUGCUGCUCUGACUGCAGCUCUGAAAUCAAACCCUUCUCACCUGAAAGAACUGCAUAUAAACUCUAAUAAGCCAGGAGAGUCAGGAGCAAAGCUGCUCUCUAAUUUACUAAAGGAUACACAAUGCAGACUGGAGAAACUACAGAUCUAAUAAUCAUCCAAUUGGGCCUGUUAUGAAUCUUGAACAGGUUUUCAAACAUUCAGACAUUCUACAUUGGAAUUCACACAGCUUUGGUAGUGUGUACAUAAUUGGGCCCAGGUAAAAUAACAGUCUGAAGACAUGAACCUAAAACCAACUGGAACUUUAAAACCACCUUUCUUUAAAAAUCACUAGAGGAUAAAUGACUUCUGCAGGUUACUGAAAAACAUUAUUUCAUCCACAGACAAACAGAUCUUAUGACAGGUCUUCUUCCUAUUUCUUAGUAGUAAUAUUAUUAGUAGUUGUAUUUAGAUAAAGAUCAAUUUCUUUGUUGGUUCAUGGUUUACAUUUCCAUGUUUAAUGUAUUUAUUCAUGUUUUUUUGCUUUAUCUAUAUUUAACUUGUUAAACUUUUUUGUGUUUUGAGUCUUUUGGAAGUUACUGUUACCUACACAGGGUUAUUUCAUGCCAUAGAGAAACCAUUUUUGAUUCUAUAAAAAAGUGUUUGUAAAGUGUGUGUAUUAAGAACAAUUUAAAUAUUUUAGGUUCCGCUUAAUGUAAACAUGAUUCAAGGAGUUUACACCUCUACUCAUUAAAUGUGUUUUUCUUUAUAUGAUGUCUUACACUGUAAAUUUUUUUGUCAUUUUUUUAUUUCAAUAUCAGCAAUUACAAUUACUUUUCCAUUUUAGAUUAUAUGUAUAAACUUAUCAACCUCCAUCACCCCAUUAACCCCUUAACUCCCCCCCCCCCCAUUUUACAUUGUACAUUUAAUAUUUAUGAAAAUACAAAAUGUGUCUUAGUGUUACAGCAGAAUAUGUUUUUUAUAUUUUUUGUAUUUUUUUAUUUUAUAUUAUGUUUUUAUAUAUUCUAAGUAGCACAUUUAACUUUGAGGACAGAUCUGCACACUCUUGGUAUUUUAAUCUCAGUGUCUUAAUUGAGGUAGACUCACCUGUAAUAGAGUUCUCAGCGUCUUGAAGGAGUUCCUGGAGGUGCUGAACAAUAGUUGCUGCUUUUCUUCACACUGUGAAGCUCCAGCACGUCCCAAAUCACCAUCUCAGUUGAUCAGGUUUAGACCAGGGAAUUGGGGAAGAAAAACACUUUUUUUACUGUUUACUACAUAAUUAUAUAUGCAUCUCUUUAUUGUUUUCAUGUUUGACUUUUAAUCCACAAUGUAGAAAAUAAAUUAAAUCAAGAUUGAAGAAAAACA